CGACAUGCUGCAACCUUGUCGACCUGUAUCAUGGUCGGCCAUCUUGUUGGCGUGUCGGCGCUGGUGCUUGGACAUUCCGCAGAGCCAGACCUUUAGCAGUUGGAGCUGCAGUGCAUUGUCGCGUGAAGUCAAGCGUCAGCGAGAUACGACCCUCUUGAUCGAUGGCAACAACAUGCUGUACGACGUUUACGAUUCGCGCUGCAAGCUCAUCUGGAAUGAUGAACCCAUUGGAGCGGCCGUGCGAUUCGUCCAGCGAGUGCGCGAGAUCGUCCACUCCAAGCAAGCAAAUCGCUUGGCCAUCAUUUUCGACACCCCUCAGACAAACCAGAGACAACUUGCAAAUGCCAUGUACAAGCCAGCACACCAACGACGCACCAUGGCACAGCAUCUGCGCACUCAGUUUCCGAUUACUAUUGAUGUGCUCAAAGCGCUGAGGUUUCCAGUGAUCCAAGUGCCAUCAGUGGAGGCCGACGACCUCAUUGCGUCGUACGCUAAAGCGUCGGUGGUCGAUGGGUUUGACGUCGUGAUCGUCACGAAUGACACGGAUAUGUACCAGUUGGUGCAAACUUCAUUAUCACCCAAAGACAAGGUGGACCAUCAGGUGAUCGUAUAUCGGCCAAUGGCGCGGCAGUCCAUUCGAGAGGCCAGAGUCAAGAAGCUGCUCGGUGGUGCUCGGCCCAGCCAACAGCCCGAAAUCCGAGCGUUGUGUGGGGAUUUGCGAGGUAAAACUCCAGGUAUUCCUGGUGGUAUGCAGAUUCGGGAGGCAGUGGCCCUUCUGAACGCGCAUGGUGGACUCAUGCGAUUGUUGCGAAAUUUGGACGAGGUCCAAGAUAAAUCGCUCUCCCAGCGUCUCAAGAGCUCCAUCAGCAUGAUUGAGCAAGCUUAUAAGCUGUCCAAGUUGAACGAAUGCGUACCUCUUCCAGUACCACCAGCGAAACUUACCAUCAAACAGCCGCUCGACUUCAAUCGUAAGGUAUUGGACGAAGUAUUUGGCCCGGAAGGAACGGCUAUGGUGUUCCAAGCUCAAGCAAAAGUGCGCGGUCACCGGCCUUGUCACUUGGAAAUCCUUCCGAUCGACGAAGAUCCUGACGACGCAUGCGCCCCAACCACCGAAGCUGCGCUCGAUCAAUGGUUUGAUUCCAUUAAAGGCUAAGCGCGUCGCACGAAAUGAAUCAACAUGAUCUAAAAGCGCUUGAACUGAUCAUUUGGCCAGAGCGAAAAAAGUUCUUGUUGAGGGGACUUCUGCCUACAACUGGCUGGCUAUCCACCGCUCUCGAUUGUCCUUUAUCCAUUCCAGUGUCGUGUCCAUUGCUCUCUAUGCCAGCAAAGCGAAUUGCCAUCA